UCAGAGAGAGGGAGACUAUGCAGCCUGCCAUACAGAAGUGUAUAGGGCAGUGGAUGUAAAUAAACCGUGCAUCUAUACUUUUCUUAUUCCCACCCCCUUUUACCAGAGACAGAGACGGGGCUUGGAUAACGAUUCGUGGGGAAAAGAUAAUUGGGGACACCCAAAAUUAAAUAAUCUGAUAACGUAAGCGCCUUCCGCAAAAAAAUCGGAUUCAUUUUAAGUAAUCGUAAAGUCCUUGUAGCGGUAAGACAAGAAGACCGGAGGAGAGAGAGAAGGGUGAGGACCGGGAGUGCUGGGGAGCUCGUCGCCGGCUUCCGGACAUUUGGGGCGGCAUUGAAACCGCAGACGUCGCUCCUGGGGAGAAAGCAAGCUAAAUAAUCUUCAGUAUUGAAGUAAAAUCUCUGGAAGUGAUAGAUUUUGUUUCAGCGAUGUCCAGGAAAGUCCAAAGAAGCGAGGUGUGCGCCGACUGCAGUGCACCAGACCCGGGCUGGAGCAGUAUAAACCGAGGGGUUCUGAUCUGCGAUGAGUGCUGUUCUGUGCACAGGAGCCUGGGACGUCACAUUUCCAUCGUCAAACACCUGCGACACAGCGGCUGGCCUCCUUCCCUACUGCAGAUGGUGCAGACCCUGGCCAGUAAUGGAGCAAACUCGAUCUGGGAACACUCUCUGCUGGAUCCAGCACAAGUUCAGAGUGGGCGCAGGAAACCGAACCCACAAGAUAAAGUCCACCCCACUAAGUCAGAGUUCAUUCGCGCCAAGUACCAGAUGUUAGCCUUCGUCCACAAGCUGCCCUGCCGUGAUGAUGAUGGGGUCACUACGAAGGACCUCAGCAAGCAACUCCACUCAAGUGUGAGGACAGGAAGUCUGGAGACGUGUUUACGGCUGCUGUCACUAGGGGCACAAGCCAACUUCUUUCACCCGGAAAAGGGCACGACCCCUCUACAUGUGGCUGCCAAAGCGGGGCAGGUUCUGCAGGCCGAACUGCUGGUGGUGUAUGGAGCGGAUCCAGGAGCUCCAGAUAUCAAUGGCCGCACACCCAUAGACUAUGCCCGGCAAGCAGGUCACGUGGAGCUUGCCGAGCGCUUGGUAGAGUGUCAGUAUGAGCUCACAGACAGACUGGCCUUCUAUCUGUGUGGACGUCGCCCAGAUCACAAAAACGGUCAUUAUAUCAUCCCUCAGAUGGCAGACAGAGCUCGCCCUAAGUGCCCGACGCAGAGCCUGGACCUCUCUGAACUGGCCAAGGCAGCCAAGAAGAAGCUUCAAGCGUUAAAUAACCGUUUGUUCGAGGAGCUGGCUAUGGAUGUGUACGAUGAAGUGGACCGUAGAGAGAAUGAUGCAGUGUGGCUGACAACUCAGAACCACAGUACGCUUGUGACGGAACGGAGCGCCGUCCCCUUCUUGCCUGUCAACCCUGAAUACUCAGCGACACGCAACCAGGGGCGGCAGAAAUUGGCUCGCUUUAACGCACGAGAAUUCGCCACCCUCAUUAUCGACAUUCUCAGUGAUGCCAAGCGACGGCAGCAUGGAAAAGGCCUGACAAGCCCCACAGGUUGUUUUUCAGACCCGCUGGAUCUGAGUCAGGCGGAUGAUGACCAACACGAUUAUGACAGCGUAGCGUCUGAUGAAGACACAGACAGCGAGCUAACCGCACAGAAUAACAACAACACUCAGCGCAACAACCGAGCCAAGAGCAUGGACUCGUCGGACCUGUCAGAUGGGCCCAUCACACUACAGGAAUAUCUGGAGGUGAAGAAAGCAUUGGCCUCCUCAGAGGCCAAAGUUCAGCAGCUCAUGAAGGUCAACAACAACCUGAGUGAGGAGCUGCGGAGGCUUCAGAAGGAGAUCACGCGGAUGCAGACGGAGAACAGCGCGCUGCGGGGGGCCCAGGCUGGGGCCGGGGGCGCUCUGACCGGGGGUGGUGGCCCAGGGCUGUGGCAUGGUAGGGUAAGGGGUACGGGCGGUGGUGGAGGGGUAGGUGGAGACUCCAGCCUAAAUGCACCCUCGUCUGCCCCCCUCCGCCGGGAUAGACAAGCUUUCUCUAUGUAUGAGCCCGUGGGGACCACCCCCAAAGCUUACACCCCAGCCCUGGACCCCCUGACGGGCCGCCUGCAGCCUCUCAGCCCCGUGCGAAAGGGCGCUCCUGCAGGUCCCACCCCCUACGGAGGAGCACACCUGUCAGCCUCCACUGAUGGGCGAUAUAAUCCUCCAAAAGCAGGAGAGAAAUAUGGGAGCGGAACUGAUAGUGACUAUGACAACUCUCAAACAUAUGACGUCUCCCUUGGUGUGGGACGCAGCAGUGAGGAGGACAGCAGGGGGGAUGUGGAAGACACAGAGGGUGAGCCGGACCCCACGCUGCCCUGCACAGAGGACGUCAUCCUCAAAACCGAGCAGGUCACCAAGAACAUCCAGGAGCUCCUCAGAGCUGCACAGGAGUUUAAACAUGACAGUUUUGUGCCAUGCUCAGAGAAAAUCCACUUAGCUGUGACAGAAAUGGCCUCGCUGUUUCCCAAGAGACCAGCGCUAGAUGCAGUGCGUUCUUCCUUGAAGCUCCUGGCCGCCAGUGCGUCCCGCCUGCAGGUGGAGUGUCGUAAAGCGGCGCCCUCCGACUUGUCGGCCAGUACGGUGGACUACCAGCUCCUCACCCAGCAGGUCAUCCAGUGCGCCUACGACAUCGCCAAAGCUGCCAAGCAGCUGGUCACCAUCACCACCCGCGAGAAAAAACAUUGACCCUCCAGCACACUGGGGUCCUCAAGACUGAGAAACGGGAGAAAAGAGUAAGACACUAAGUAAAACUGACGGCUGGGAAUCGUUGGUCAGGUAGAUGGGAAAAAAGAUGUGAGGGAAUGAAGAUGGGAAAAGAAAGGGUGUCGAAUCCAGCUGCGGCCACCCGGACGCAGAGAUGUGGAAUGUUUGGGAGAAGCCGAAUGGAGCGGACUGCUUUUCCUUACACUCCUUUUCUUCUCUUAUUUCAGUAUGUCAGGAGGAUCUUCUUUCAUCUAAACAUCUAAACACUACACAGGCAGACCCACAAUUCAGUGCUGAUGGUCUGUUAGCGCAUGGGCGGCUAUUUUUGGUUUUCUUUGUGAAACACAUAAGCACUCCUAAUUGUCAAGAGAACCAGAAACGUUCCUCCUAAAUCGUUUAUUUUCCUCUGUGUCUUUCAAUUGAUUUUGUGUUUUUAAAUGCCGCUCCAUUGGCCUGUUUCUCUUGGGACAAAUGUACUGAAUUUAAACAACAACACUGGAGUUAUUUUAAAGAUUAUGACUUAUGUUUCGUAUUAUUGUUACAAUUUAAUGAUGUCUUCUGUUGAUUUUUGUUUCAUUUAGUUUCGGUGGAAAUCACACAUAGCUUUGCGAACAUUAACAGGGGUGAACAAUAACCUGUGAAAACUAAUCAGAACACUCCCGUCCUCCAGUGGUAGAAGCACUGGUUCACUCACACAGUGUUUUACUCUAUACUACAUUUUUUUUUUUUU